ACUGCAAUCUUCCACAAACUCAUCAACACAUCCCUUUCUUAUUUCCACACUUCCAACAAACAAACUUACACCUCUAAUCCCCUCACAAUCCUUAGCUUCACUGCUUAUACAAAAAAGCUUCCACCUUUGCACGUAUGACGGCAUUUUCUCAAAUUAUCGUUUUUUUCAUUUUAGUUGUUUUAAUUGUCCUAAUUUAAAAAGCAGUACCCUCAAAUUAGAAUUUUAGUAGCAUUUCAGUUUAAUAAUUUGUGUGUAAUAAAAUUAUGAAUUUUUGGUUAGAAUGGAUGUAGUUACAUUUGGCAUCAUUGUAGGAAUCAUUAUCCUCUUUUUCUGUAUCGUUUGUUUCAUCACCAUUGAAGGCACCUGCAAAAACCGCCCUUCUUAAAUUGUAAUCCUCCAAACACGCCCUUAAUUUUUCUAAUAACCCCCGAACUUUCCAUUUCAGUCAACUCCCCCUGCUAAUGCUGCUACUUCUUCAAAACCGACAGUCUCAGAAAAUACCUUUUAUUUCACCCAAAAUUGGAGUGGGGAAAGAAAAAGAAAAAAAAGAGAGCAAGAAAAUGGAAAGUUUAAUUGAACUUCGGAUCCAAAAUUUGCUGUUGAAAGUUGGAGUCUUUGUUGCUGUUUUGAUGAUUUAUGGAUUGGGUGUAAAGGCGGCCCAUGAAGAUUUCCAUGUACACUCACCCCAUGACCAUGAUCACCACCAUCAUUGUGGCCAUGGCCAUCACCAUCACCAUCACCAUCAUAAUGAGGGAGAGCAUCAUCAUGGACGUCAUGAUGACGUGGGAGGUGAGGUAAAGGGGAGCCGGAAGUUGCCGGAGGAGUUGGCGGAAGAGGAGGAUUUGAAAUUGUACGGAUUCGGAGUUGGGGACCACCAUCAGCAUCAUCAUCAUGGUAUAGCUGCCGGAGAUGAGGAACUUUCUGGGCUUGGCCUGUGGAUUCAUGCAAUGGGCUGCUCACUUUUGGUGAGCUUGGCUUCUCUUAUUUGCCUGAUUAUUUUGCCUAUAUUGUUUACACAAGGAAAGCCAUCAAAAGUGGCCGUUGACUCGUUGGCUCUAUUUGGGGCUGGAGCUAUGUUGGGGGAUGCUUUUCUUCACCAAUUACCUCAUGCUUUUGGUGGUGAACACUCUCAUUCUCAUGAUCAUCAUUUGGACCAUGCUCAUGUUCAUUCUGGACAUGAGCAUUUUCAAUCACAUGCACAUUCGCUGAAGGAUCUUUCUGUUGGAUUGUCCAUUUUGGCUGGUAUUAUAUUGUUUCUUCUUGUUGAGAAGCUUGUGAGGUAUGUUGAAGAUUCAUCUGGAGCUGGUAAUGUGUGGGGUCAUAGCCAUCAUCAUCAUCAUAAACAAACUACGAAGUUAAAAACUGAAAAUGAUGCUUCUGAGGAUCUUCAGGGGUUUUAUGAAGAUGAGAAACAUAGAACUUCGACUGAAAAGCCAUCUGAGGAAAAAGUGUUGGAUGGAAGUUCUUCCAAUAAUCUUGCUGGAGAGGAAAAGCAAAUUGAACAUACUGUUCUCCGGAAGAGAAAUAUUGGUACAAGUAACGCUGAAGAUAAAGCUAAUGCAGGGGCUACUGAAGAUGAAACUAACCUAGUUGUCGCUAAUGGCUCCAAAAAUAAUAUCAAAUUGAAAGACAAAGAAGAAGCUAAAUCGUCAUCAAAUCUUGUCUUUGGUUAUCUGAACCUUAUUUCUGAUGGUGUGCACAAUUUUACUGAUGGUAUGGCUCUGGGUAGUGCUUUCCUUCUAUAUGGAUCCGUUGGAGGAUGGUCGAGAACUCUCUUUCUGCUUGCACAUGAACUCCCUCAAGAGAUAGGUGACUUUGGGAUAUUGGUGAGAUCUGGUUUUUCUGUCUCCAAGGCCCUCUUUUUUAACUUCCUCUCUGCACUGGUGGCGCUAGCCGGAACUGCAUUGGUUUUGAUGUUCGGUCAAGAUCCUGGGCAGUCGUCUUUGAUAGAGGGAUUUACAGCUGGUGGAUUUAUCUACAUUGCUGUUGCUGGAGUUCUGGCAGAGAUGAAUAGCAGCAGCUCAACCUUAAAAAGUACAACUAUCCAAUUAUUGUCAUUGAUGACAGGCAUGGCUGUAGCUUUAUGGAUCUCCCUUGUUGAAUGACCUCUAUAAACUAGUGAUUUGUACUUUUGUAAUCAAGUGUAACACUAUGAGUUUAGAAACAAGUCCAUCCAAGUGAAAAUGCUAUACAGCAGCAAUGUUCCAUGAUGUUUUUGCCAUCUAGUUGCAGGUCAAAUUGACACAAAAUAGACUAAGACUACAUAACAUGAAUGCUCAUCCACGUUUGCUGUAAUUUUAGUUGUUAGAUUGGAAGGUUCUAAGGAGAGAUCUUGAAAUAGAGUCACUCCUAGCAAA